CAUUUAAACCGACUUAAACCGAACUAAAUUUCAAAAUCUGCUGUAACAUAACCGGAAGUGAAUCGAACCGAAAUGCCCAUGCCUGUAAUUUGUCGACAAGUCCUUCUCCCUUUCUUCGGCUUUUUAAUGGAAAAGAUCAAGAUUGAAGGGGGUCUGUCUCUUAACACUUGAGAGAGAGAGAGAGAGAGAGAGAGAGAGAGUGUUUGUAAGGUGUUUGAGCUCGCGAAGAAAGUAAUUGAUUGAUCGUUUGAUUUAGGUGUAAUUAGUUCUUGCUUUUUUUCAUUCGGAGAUAUGGAAUCGGUUCGAGAAUCCGCACCGUCGGCGAAUUCGAAUACGCCGACUAUACCGCCGCCGGUGAACUCUGUGCCGCCUUUCUUGAGCAAAACAUACGACAUGGUUGAUGAUCCGUUGACAAAUGAGGUCGUGUCUUGGAGCAGCGGGAACAACAGCUUCGUCGUCUGGAACGUGCCUGAGUUCUCCAAGGUGCUCUUGCCCAAGUAUUUCAAGCACAACAAUUUCUCCAGCUUUGUCAGGCAGUUAAAUACUUAUGGUUUCAGAAAAGUUGAUCCAGAUCGAUGGGAAUUUGCAAAUGAAGGAUUUUUAAGAGGCCAAAAACAACUGCUGAAGAGUAUUAGUAGGAGAAAAACUUCGCAUGUGCAGCAGAAUCAACAACAAACUCAAGUUCAGAACUCAUCCGUUGGUGCUUGUGUUGAGGUGGGGAAGUUUGGACUAGAAGAAGAAGUUGAAAGACUUAAGCGGGAUAAAAAUGUUCUUAUGCAAGAACUCGUCAGAUUAAGGCAGCAACAACAAGCUACUGAAAACCAACUGCAGAACGUGGGACAGAAAGUUCAAGUGAUGGAGCAGAGGCAACAACAAAUGAUGUCUUUUUUGGCAAAGGCUGUUCAAAGUCCAGGUUUCUUGAACCAAUUAGUUCAACAGAAUAAUGAUGGCAGCAGACAAAUUCCGGGAAGCAACAAAAAGAGGAGACUUCCUGGAGAUGAACAGGAGAAUUGUGGAACCCAUGGGGCUAAUGGUCUUAACCGUCAGAUUGUUAGAUAUCAGCCGUCGAUAAAUGAAGCAGCACAAAAUAUGCUUCGACAGUUCUUAAGUCCGAGUUCCUCACCUCAGUAUGAAUCAGUAUCAAACAAUUCUGACAGUUUUCUAUUGGGUGAUGUUCCCAGUUCUAACUCUGUAGACAAUGGGAAUCCUUCAAACAGAGUUUCUGAAGUAACACUGGCCGAGGUUUCACCCAUCCCAGCUCCCUCAGCAACGAAUCAAGUACCCGAAGUAAACGUGGCUCAUCAUCCUCAACCUGGUCUGGUUCAGCCAAUUUUAGGUUCAAGUCUGGCUCAAGGAGUAGCACCUGCAGCUUCUUGGAGCCCUGAAUCUGAUUUAGUUGGAUGUGAGACAGGUAAUGGAGAGUGCUUCGAUCCAAUAAUGGCUGCUUUAGAUGCGUUUGAAGGCGAUGCAAUUUCUCCUGAAGGCGAGGGCAAGAUGAAUGAGUUACUGGACGGAGUCCCUAAGCUGCCCGGAGUCCAGGAUCCAUUCUGGGAACAGUUCUUUUCUGAUGAAAGCCAAGCUAUUGGAGAUACAGACGAGAUUCUAUCAGGAUCAGUGGAGAAUAAUAGUGACAUGGUAGUGGAACAAGAACCACCUACAACAAAUGAGUGGUCCCGGAAUCAACAGCAAAUGAAUUAUCUUACUGAACAGAUGGGACUUCUUUCCUCAGAGGCACAGAGGAAGUGAAGGUGAGGCUGUGAAAGGGAAUAUGAAAGGAGGAGGGAUAUACCAGAGGGUGUUUGUGCCCUUUUGUUUUGCAUUACACACAAAACUUUAACAGUAAAAAGGAAGAAACGUAAAAGAUUAACUACCAGUCCACCAUGCUUGUAAAUAACUUGAAAUAGUGAUCGCCCUUUAUGUUAUUUUCUACUGUACAUUA